AUGUUUACAUCACAGGAUAAGUUUAGCUUGGUUACUGUUCCAACAUAAUCUUAGUUUGCUAUAAUAUAUGACAUUUUCCACUGCUUUUCAUCAUACGAUACAUCUUAAUUUCUCUACUGUUAAUUUGACUUCCAGUCAUAUAAUCUGCAAAAGUCGUACUACUGCUGGUUAUAUGCUGUGUUUGCCAACUAGCUAGCUAGCUUUCUAUUUAGCGAAAUAUAGUUUAGUUGUGCAUAUUUCUUGCGUUUCCCUCAUGAACGAUGGGAAACGCAGACAGUGUUGUAGCACAGAAACGUCUAGACCGCUUUCGCCCAGAUGAGCGACCUGUUAUAGAGAAGGUCUUUGACAAACUUCAAGAUGCCAGCUCCUCUGGAACUUCUGGAAAGGCAUUCGGAGGGAAGGUUUUGCUCAUAGACACCCUCAAGGUAACUAUGGAUAAAAUUGCUCCCGAAUCAAUGAUUUUAAGAGUCUUUGAGGGAAUUCGUUGCAUUGACCCUGGGGUGCCACUGCCAUCUGGUGGUGGGGUGUGUCGAGAACAGCUAGUCAUUUUCCUGGCAGAUACUCUUCGAGGGACAGCAGAGGAGCGGGCACCACUUGUUAUAGCGAUGUCACAUGGGACAAAGAUGACUGCUACUACUGAUCAAAUUAGAGCGUUCUUAGAAGACUUGAUUUCAGCUGUAGUUCAGACAUUGACACACAGGGGGCGCCUUCGAGGUUGGAGACCAGAUCACAUGGGUGACAGUGCCCAAGGAGUGAAACUGUUGGCAGAGCAGCUGAGCUCAGAGUUAAAACCCUUGGAUAAAAAUGUAUGUGAUGCUGCUUGUCUAGAGCAAUGGCUCUUACGAGUCUCAGGUGUAGCUGCAUUCUUGGAGCUCCUGAUUGGUGAGGGUCUGGAGGUUGGGAUGACCUCAUGUCCACUACCCACUCUACUGCCCCUGUGUCGAGAUGCUCCCUGGGCCAACUUGCACUGUCUGCUUGAUCUACCCCUACUUAUGUUCCUGACCCCUCAGCUGCCUACAGGAGACUGUGCACCUUGGAGAUUGUUGUUCUCCACAAGUUUACACGGGGAGAGUUUUACCCGUCUGGUUGGCAAUUGCAAAAGCCAGGGCCCCUCUGUCUUACUGGUGAAGGACACCAAGGGACACAUAUUUGGAGGCUUUGCUUCUCACAGCUGGGAGAUCAAACCUCAGUUUCAGGGUGAUUCCAGGUGCUUUCUGUUCUCGGUGUACCCAUAUAUACAAGUGUUCACAUGCACAGGAUAUAACCAACACUACAUGUACCUAAAUCAGGGUCAACAGACUAUGCCCAAUGGUCUGGGUAUGGGUGGUCAGCAUGGCUACUUUGGUCUGUGGCUGGACUGUGAUUUUGGCCGUGGUCACAGCCGAGCUCAACCACGCUGCACCACAUAUGGUAGCCCUCAGCUCUCGGGGGAUGAGGUUUUCACACUGGACACAGUAGAGGUUUGGGGAAUUGGCCUGCCCCCCAAGGAACAGGAACAGGAUGAGAAUAAGAAGAGUAUUCUGGAUGUAGAUCCUGAGGCUCAGAUCCUACUGGAGAUGGCUGGGAAAAGUAUGCAUAGCCAAGGCCUCAGAGAACCUGAAGAUCAGGAUUGAGUAGAUGAAGAAACAACACAAAAGAUGGAACUGUUCAAUACAGGAAAACGUAAACUGAUCAGUAGUACUGCUUUUAGAUCAGCAGGUUGGUGAUUUGAAGACGCUGGAUCUUUUUGUUUGUUUUGGGGCUUCUUUUUUGCACAGUUGAAUCAUUAAAUCAUUUGAGUACCCUGGUGUUAUGAACACAUUUGUCUGAAAUUGUAUAGCUGUUGAACCAAGUUUUACAACCGAAUACAUAGUCAUUGGUGAUGUCAUACUACUUUACAAAAGACUUGAGCUGGUUUCCUACUGUGUGAAUGACUGCAGAAGACUUUAGUCAAAGUGUAAACCAUGGAGAAGUUAUUGACUAAUGAUUAAUGUGUUAAGAAAAACAUUUCUCUCUGUGAGUAAGCCUAAAGCAGAACUGUGUUCUGUUUUCUGUCUUAUGAGGUGCUGUAUUGAUUAAAGGUAAAUAAAUUGAUAAACGCAA